AUGCUGAAUGUGGCCAUGCAGGAUCAAAACACGAAGGCACUUGCAUUAAUGCUUCACGCGCAGCGAAUGGAAGAUUGGAUGCAAAGCAAGACCUCUCCGUCCAACGUCUUCAAAGCACUACAGCCCCAGAAAGAGGACGUCCUCACGGGCCCGGUCUUGCCUUCCUGGUUCAAGUAUUUUGAUGAUUUCAACGCACGAAAUCCAGGGGAGAGCAUGACGUUUAUGAAGGCGUUAGCUUUUGAACUGGAUGACGCAGGUUUAGCUCGAGUUCUCGAAGCAGGGCUGACAGAUGGGAAGAUGAAGGCCUUUGCCACGCAACUGACAAACAAGCUGUUUGGAGAAUGGAAGAAAAGAGAAAUUAGUGCCGCCUACGCGUUUCAAAUUGUCGGCCUUGCAGAUAUUAUAAGUGCUAGACGGGUCCUAUCGGAUAAGACUUUGGAUUUUUGGUCCUAUCGGAUAAGACUUUGGAUUUUUGGAGCUGGAUUUGGAGACCCCGCAACGAUAGCGAUUAUCGCGGCUGGGAAGAGCGAUCAGACUACGAAAACCAUCGCUGAUAACUUGGAGUUAUCUCUGCUUACCAGAUGGCUUGAUGAAAAAUUGCCCCCGCUCACCGUCACUCGCUGGGUGGGUGCGCUCGAGUUAGAUGAUACGCUCGAAAAGUACACGGCCCUGUUCAAGGCGAAGUGGUCAAAUGAUGUCUAG